AUGGGGAGCGCUUACUCUGUGCCCAUCCACGUUGAGAUGAAUAUAACUGAAAUCUCACCUGGGGAUCACAUCUACACUUCACGAAGCCUCUAUGACCACCAUGGUAUUUAUAUUGGGGAGGAUCUAGAUCUAGUCAUACAUUUUCAAAAUUCCGUGGGCGACAAGCUGCUUGGAAGUUCUAUUCAUCGAUUCGACCAGUGCCCUGAUUGCGGCCACCACAGCGGAAGGAGUGGAGUCGUGCUGAUCAGUUGCUUAAAUUGCUUUCUGCGGGAUGGAAAGAUUUAUCGAUAUCAAUAUGGAUAUCGUACACAAUAUUGGCGAAAGAUCUUGUGGGAACUGACUCGGUUUCCACGAUUACUGAAAUGUUGCACGUCGUUCACUUCUGAUCCUCCGGAAAUUGUAAUUGGUCGUGCAAAGGAGCUGCUUACAGAUGGAUUUGGGGAUUACAAUCUGGUUACGAACAACUGUGAGGACUUCGCUCUCCUUUGUAAGACCGGGAACCAUAUUCAAGGCGGGCAAAUAAGGUUGCUAGUAUUACGGUCUCGUUGCUCAUCUAUAUGA